GCGCUGACUCGCCUGGCCGCGUGGCCCGGCCUCCCGGCCUGCGUGCUGGGGCACGCGCCGCUCACCCAGCUGCUGCUGACGCUGCUGCGGCCCGUCAUUGUGGAGGGUGAGGUGAGAAACCUUCUCAUACUGGAGUACACGAGUGCACUGCUGGGAACUCUCGCCAAUCAGCCUCUCGCCGACGAUUUUUUGCAACGUCUGGAGCCGCCUCUGAACGAGCUGCUGAACACUAAGCCGCCGGGCCGGGUGCUGAUGGGGGUGCUGGAGCUGCUGAUCAGCACCGCCGGCACCGGGCAGAUCAGCGCCCUCUGGUGCCGCCGGAGAGUCGGUGAUCAGCCGACAGGCACGUGCCUGGUGAAGAAGCUGUGCAUGCUGUUCUCGGCCGGCCCGACGGCGGCCGCCUCGCCCAGUCACCGGGUGCCGCCCAGUCACAGCGGGCAGCGCGCGGCGCCGCCCGGCCGCGCCGUGCGCCAGCUGCGGGGAGAGCUGCGUCCGCCAGAGCUGCAGCACUGGACGGUCACUACCCCGCCAGCGCUGGACGUGUCCCCAGACUCGCAGUGGGUCCGCCUGGUGGCGCUAGUGAUGUCCCGCCAGGCGUCGCUGCCGCCGACGGCGUGCUGUCGCAGCAACCUGACCUUGCUCGUGGUACAGCUACUGUACCGGGUGGUGAAUGACUGGGAGCAUGGGAGCGGCGAGGCGAGUUGGGCGGCCACGCUGCUGCCGGCGCUCCACCGGCUCUCCGACCUGGACACAGCGUUCUCGGCGUCAGUGUCGCGCGUGCGCAUGUACUACCUGGUGGCGAUGGAGACGCUGGGCCGGCGCUGGCGGCAGUUGGGCCUCUCGGCGCAGCUCGUGGCCGUGCUCCAGGAGCUGUACAAGUUCAGGCGGGGCACGUUCGGCGGCGGGACGCAGGCGUCUGACACGUGACGGCGGGCGGGCGCUGUGCCACCACCGCCGGCCGCGGUUCGGCGCACCCUGGCCUGUGCGUGAUCGUCACUGCCGCCGCGCGGGGACCCAUGCGUUAACUCCCUCGCACUCGCCACUGUGAUCGACGCACCUCGCGCGACCAGGCAAGUUAAUUGCCUGAUUUUUCCAAAGUACAAUUGCUCGCGUCAUCGCGACGCACGUGCUUCGUUUUUAGCUGUGUUUGUAUGAAUAUGGGGCGCAGGUUGCCACAAUACGAUGCAAUAUAUCCCUUCAACGACCUAACCGCUGUCGGUGUCCGCAGUUCGCGCCUUGUUCCGCGAGGAGGUGUAUCGCACCGGCAGUCACUUGAGCGUGUAUGGGCAGCGGUUCCGCCCGGCGACGGAGAUGCGCCGGUGCGUGGCAAGCAGAGGAGGGUCUGUCUCGUAAUAUGGAGGCGGUAAAUCCUUCCAGCGUGCUGCUACAGCUGUGU